UCUUUGGGUUGCUUGAGUAACAAGAUGGCUGCGCCCAUGAAAACAUGUUUUUGAUACGAUUUUUUUCUAAACUACAUCGAUUUCAGCUACUCGGUAAUCUAAGGAUGUCUUCCAGUAGUGUAAAAGUGAAAUCUUCAAGCAAAGAUUAUGAAGAGGAAACAUCCAUACGAGCGCAGAAAAGGAAAAGAGCACAUAAACACUACCAGAGGCAUAAUAAAUUGAAGAAGCCAUGUCAGCUCAUCGAAGAGAUGACAAAUGAAACUACUUACUAUUUAGAAAAUGGUCUGAGGAAGGUAUAUCCGUACUACUAUACAUUCGGAAGUUUCGUCAAAGGCAGAUGGAUGGGGAAAACGGUUCUAGAAGUCUACAAGUCAGAAUUCAAACAAACGGGUGUAGAUCCUGAAACAGAAAUAACCAGUGGAAAUAUUUUGGUUAAUGGAGAGAAAACUUCUUCGGAGUUUAUUCUUGGGGAUAAUAUGAGGAUGGAGCACAGAUGUCACAGACACGAGAUGCCAGUGUUGGAUGUGCCGAUAGACAUUAUAGAGGAUACAGAGGAGCUGAUUGUUAUUAACAAACCCGCCUCGAUUCCGGUACACCCAUGUGGAAGAUACAGAUAUAAUUCGAUCACCAUGCUACUGAAACAUGAAUUUGGAUACGACAAUCUCAGAAUCUUGUACAGACUUGACCGCCUGACAUCUGGUGUGCUGAUCAUGCCAAAAACAACAUCUGUGUCGAAGAAGUUAGAAAAACAGUUAGAGAAACGGGAACUUCACAAAGAAUAUGUCAGUCGUGUCGAUGGAAAAUUUCCAGAUGGUGAUGUGGUAUGCAACGAGCCUCUUGGUUGUUUGUCAAAAAAGACAUCUUUAUAUAAAGUGGAUCCUACAGGAAAACCAAGUUCAACGACCUUUACUAGGCUAAGCUAUAAUGGCAAAACUAGUGUUGUCAAAUGUGUACCCCAUACAGGCCGAACACACCAGAUAAGAGUUCAUCUGCAGUUUCUAGGAUAUCCGAUCAGUAAUGAUCCCCUGUACAAUAGUCCAGCAUUUGGUCCUAACAGGGGUAAAGGAGGGAUCAUAGAUAGAUCAGAAGACGAGAUUGCUACUGAGAUUAUGAAGACUAGCAAUAUUGGUGCCUGGAAAAUUGGGGACAACCCCAAAUACUACGAGAAGUUUGGACAUAAACAUUCUCUGGACUGUAGCAUGACUUCAGGAGAUAAUGUACCAAGUGCAGAAUCAACAGAGAAUACUAAGAGUGGUGCUAGACAAGACGCAAGUGAAAAUAUUGAUAUGAAAGAAAUUGCAGAUUCUGCAAAUGAAAAUGUUAAAGAGAAAGAAAAUAAAGUAAAUUUAGAACAUGAUAAAGGUGAUAAAAUAGGAAAGUUAGAGGAUUGUAAGGUUGUAAAUGAUGUCUGUGAUCAGUUUGAAUCUGGUUCGCUUGAACCGGAAUUGAAUAAAACAGUUGAAUCUAGUGAAGUGAAAGGAGUAGAUGUAAAAGAUUCAGAAAAUGUGAAUGAAGAGUCUGAGCUGCCUUGUAAAAGAAUUAGAACGGACAAUAAAAGUGUUCAAAGUUCAGAUGUUCCUACUUGUAGUUCAGGUACAUCCCAGUUGCAAGAAAACCUUGAUAAACUUAAAACAGAAGAGACUAAAGUCAGUGUAGGAAACAGUCAAUCUUUAGACAUACAGAAAAGUUCAGAAAAUUUGGAAACAUCACAUAGAGAUAGCAAUAAAGACAAAUCAGGGAAGCCAGUUUUAGGUUGGAAGGUGACAGAUGCAGAACUUAUAGACAGUAAAAUGGGUGUUGAUGAAUUUUGUGAAGAAUGCAAACAUAUCUAUGAGGAUCCAAAACCAGAGGAGCUCAUUAUUUAUCUACAUGCUGUCACAUACAAGGGUCCAACAUGGGAGUACAGUACACCUCUGCCAUACUGGGCUGCAGAAGACUUUGAUGAGGAAAGUUAUUCAGGGACAAGAUGAUUUUUAGUGAAAUAAAUUUCAGGAGAUGAAUAAAUGUGUUUUAUAUAACUAUGUUUUUUAUGUUGUGAUUCAG